GUUGAGAUGAAAGUCAUGAAGGAGAAAGGACGUUGUUUCGGAAAGAGUGAGAUGAAAUUAUAUUUUUCGAGAUCAACAUUGUGUUCACACGAAUUUUGUUCAGCCAGAUAGCAAGAUUUUGUUUCGAAGUGUUCGAAUUUUUACGGGAGAAAGUUGGACUGUGUUAGGAUCUUUACAUAUUUGACAGUUUCACCCAAGUCAAGCUGUUACUGUGAGGACGAGGAGCACGUAAGCUGACAAGAUGCCAUCAUCAGCCGGACAGAAGCUUCCAGCAGAACUGUGGCGCCACAGUCACAGUAGACAUGCCUCAAGCAGUCCUGUGUUUAUCUCAGGCAGUGAGAUGCAAGCCAGUCCAGGCUUGUGUGAGGACUUCAAGCAGCCCGGUUCCCCCAGCAGAAAAGUGCAUUUUUCAAAGACUCAAAAGAAGCAUCUUCAUGCAUCGGGCAGGGGUAACUCUAAGCCCAUGUCAUGCCGAGGCAGCAGCACUGCAGUAGACGACCUGGCUGUCUCUGCCCAGAUAAGCAGUUGUAGCAGUUCAGCAGACAUUUCUCUCUUGUCUCAGUCCGCAGACUCUGACAGCAAUGUUGACUACAGCUCCCGGCAGAUCUGUGAUGCCUUCGCGAUGGACGCCGCUUCUCCAGCACCACAUCCUAGUCAGGUGCCAUUGCCUCCCAUAGAGUGGUUAAAAUCGACACCAAAGUCUCCACUUACUGUGGGCAGAUCUCUUCAAGUCAUGCUGGGCUGUCAUGUUGCUGCAUAGAAAAAAGUGUCAGGAGUAAAGACUGGCAUGAUGAUGUACUUAUGGACAACGAAUUUUGUUAAUGGCUCAAAUGGAUAUGAAAUUAAUGGAUUUAAUUCAUUACAUCCAUCAUCUUUCAUCAAGACACACCCAUAUUUCUGAUCUUCUUACUUCUUUAUAGCCCUUUGUUUGGUUUCUGAUUUUAUUUCUUCUUUUAAGAAUCUAGCAGGUUAUUAGACAUUUUUGUGAAAAAAAAUCAGCUUUGCAUUUGGAAUUGAAAUUUUUUACCCAACUUGAUUUGGCCCAAGCAAGCACUCGUUCAUUUGCUUCACUUUAGAAAUAUAUAUUUUUUUCUGAAAUGAUUGAUUUUAUAAACUGUAAUGGCGUAUGUUGUUAGGAGAAUGUGGAGCUGUUGUAAAUUUCUGGGCAGGAAAAAAGAAGUUACUGAUAUUGCAAUGAGCUGUCUUUUCUCUUUUCAAAAGAUUCCUGUGGCAAUAUAACUCGAUCUCAUCUCAUCAUCUGACUUAUGUAUUGUUCAAUGACAAAGUAUGAAUUAAUGUCAAGUGCUUGAUUUUUACAACUGUACGCAUGAUUUGAGACUGUUUGUGUAAUGACAACACCAGUUGAAAAAGUUCUUUUCUCUUUUUUUCCCCUUUUAAGAAAAAAUCCUCUGUAUAGUGCUAUUAUGUUAGCACAAAGAACCAACAGAAUUUAUGUAGGUUUGGACAGAAGUAGACAUAACACGGCUUGCAAACAGUGGUACUUUUGUUACCCUCUUCACUAAGAACCAACUUGAAACAAAAUCUGCUCGGCAGUAAAACAGUUGAGCUGAUAUCAAAACAAAAGUGGAUUCCUAAAGUAGAUCUGUCUCCUUUAGUUGAGAAAAGUAACUUGAACUUACAGCUGUGUUCAUGACCAAGUCUUUAGAAUGUUUCUCUUUUUUUUAAAGCACAUUAUUCAGUUGUUAAAGAAUCUUAAGUCUGUCCUAGAUGGUCUUUAAAUCUCCCAUUUUUUGGGUUUUAAGCUGGUGGGAUGGUUCGAAUCAGAAAUACAAUUUGUUUAUUUUAAGAUCUGAAAAUUUUUCUCUGGAAAAAUAGUUCUUGUCAUUACUUUCUCAGUGCAUUAUGUGAUAAUUUAAAAUGGUUACUAUUUCUUGGGUUCAAUAUUGCGUUCCAAAAAAUUGAAAUGAGCAAUGGGGUACACCAAGUUAAAGUGGUACUUUUAAGUUUUCUGUUGUAUGUUUUUAAUCAAGUGGGCUACAUGAUGGCAAAUUGUUAAGUUUCCAAUUAUAAUUUUUUUUGGUGUGUCUGUGAGGUUUGUUUGUGAAAAGUGUAAAUGGAAUGCAAGAAGCAGAAGUAAGGAAGCAUUUGGUUGAUAAUGCUUGUGUACAUUCCUUUAAUGUUGAUGGUGCUUUUACCCUGAAGGAUUUUUAAAGGUCCUUGUGGCAUGAGAGCAUAUUUAUAUAUGUGACAUGCCAUUGCCAUGGCGAGCUAAAUAACAUAUCAAACGGGAUCAACCAUUUGUUAUAAACAAUGCUUGGGAGUGUGAUGUUUGCAAAUGUAGGAUGCAAGAGUGUUUUGCAGAGAUUUUUACAUUGUACAAUACUGUUUAUACAUUGUGUAUUUCACUGGUUCAUCUCAUACUUCAUUCAUUACUCAUCUAGGCGGCCAGGAAGAAGAAUCUUGAUGGACAAUGUGUAGAGAGACCAUUGCUUGAUAAAGACGAGUACCAUUUGUGGACUUUUUCCCAAUUUGGGAGUUGUGAGUUCUGCACAAUAUGCUACACAUUCUUUUGUUAGUUUUGCAACAUGUCUGUGAAGAAAUGUAUUAACUUUUAUUAAAUAAAUGUUAUGUAAUGGGAAAAUAGUAUAAGAUGGGGUGGGUGGGGGUUAAAAUAUAUAGCCAAAAAAAGUAAAAAAAGAAUAUAAAACUAUUGUCUUUAAAAAAAAAAA